CUUCUGUGAGUCGAGUGAGAUGCAACACUCCAUAGCAACAUCAGUACCAGUGCGAAGGGCCAGCGAAGGACAGCCUGGGAUAGAUAUCUUGAGAAUAUCUGAAACAGGAGCUGCAUGUCGACAGCAUGGACGAACAGAGGGAGUCACUGAGGAAGAUCAUCACUACAUUGGCCUUGAAGAAUGAAGAAAUUCAAAAUUUCAUCUGCUGUUUAAAGCAGAAUCUACAAAACUUAGAGGCGAAUGCAAACCGAGUGCAGGGGGAUCUAGAUUUGGAGUUUAGUUCACUGCAUGCGGUUUUGGAUGAACUGAAGGAGGGUAUGGUCACGCGCAUCAAACAGGAAAGAGCAAGCCGGACAUAUGAACUACAGAACCAGCUGAGCGCAUGCACCAAAGCCCUAGAAAGCUCAGAGGAGCUGCUGGAAUUAGCCAAUCAGACGCUUUGCUCCUCUGAGAAUGACAGCUUCACCCAGGCGGCCAAAGGCAUAAAGGAUAGCGUCACUAUGGCUCCAGCGUUUCGUCUGUCCUUGAAAGCAAAGGCCAGUGACAGUAUGAAUCACAUGAUGGUGGACUUUACUCAGGAACGAAACAUGCUUCGGGCCAUCGCAUUCCUUCCAGUUCCUGCGACGCCAGAGAUUCAAGUGGCUGAAUGCCAAGUGUUUGAUAACACAGUCACAGUGGUGUGGACCUUACCUGAACCUGACUCCAAAAUCGACCACUACAUUCUUGAACAUCGGAGAACCAAUCACGAAGGUCCUCCACGGGCCCGAGAAGAGUACCCGUGGAUGGUGGUGGAGGGUAUAAAAGAAAAUGAGUACACACUCACAGGCCUUCGUUUUGAAACACGAUACAUGACCUUUCGAGUGAAGGCGUGCAAUAAGGCUGUUGCAGGUGAAUUCUCAGAGCCGGUUACUCUGGAAACUCAUGCAUUUGUCUUUAAACUGGAUGCAGGUUCAGCCCAUCAGAAUUUAAAAAUAGAGGAUCUCAGUGUGGAAUGGGACAGCAGUGGUGGGAAGAGCGGAACAACGGUUCAAGACAUCCGGAAGGAUAAGAACAGAACUAACUCUCCCAUGCAUUCUCCUGCCAGGACAGCGGUGAUGUCACCCAAAAGAGCUCCUACUGCUAGAGUCGGUCGAGACCGCUUCACAGCAGAGUCCUACACUGUCUUGGGAGACACUAUGAUCGACGCAGGGCAGCAUUAUUGGGAGGUGCGCUUCGAUAAAGAAAGUAAAGCGUUUGCAGUAGGGAUAGCCUUGCGAUCUAUGGGUCGCUUUGAUCAGCUGGGAAAGAGCAAUGCAUCCUGGUGCAUCCACCUGAACAAUUGGCUACAGCAGAGCCUCACAGCCAAGCACAAUAACAAAGCCAGGACGCUAGACUGCCCCAUUCCAGAUCGCAUCGGCAUUCACUGCAACUAUGAAGAAGGCGCAUUGUCUUUCUACAAUGCUAGAAACAAAACUCUUCUUCAUACCUUCAGAACCAAAUUCCAGCAGCCUGUUAUACCAGCGUUUAUGGUGUGGAAUGGGAGUUUCUCAGUGCAGACGGGACUCCAGGUGCCCAGCAUCGUGCUGAGCGGACAGAAGAGAAACAGUAACACGAGCAGCUCCAAUGCCAGCCUUACAUAAGUCCUUUACUGACAAAUAUACCCACACACUAGAACUGUUACACGUUUGCGCACGGUUGGAGAACGACAGGAAGCUCUCAUCAGCGAUUCGUUACAGCUCUGAGGUGAGCUGUUCCCAUCUUCCUCACACUCUUAGCUCCCUUAUCGUGUGCCUUUCAAUGUCCUGAAUGAAGACACGGAGGGGUAUUUUACAUAAUGCUUUAUUGGCUUGAAACUACGUGUCCA